AUGGCUGAGAUUCAUGACCAGUUCGAUACCAUUUUGAUCUUGGACUUUGGCUCCCAGUAUAGCCAUCUGAUCACUCGGAGAUGUCGCGAGCUCAAUGUCUACGCUGAGUUGAUGCCCUGCACCCAAAAACUGUCCGAGCUCCAGUGGAAACCCAAGGGUAUCAUCCUCUCGGGAUCGCCGUAUUCGGUCUACGACGCCGACGCACCACACGUUGACCCGGCAGUGUUCGAGCUCGGUGUGCCAAUUCUUGGUAUCUGCUAUGGUCUUCAGGAGAUGGCAUGGCAGCUCGGAGGCAAGGUGAAGCAAUGCGAACACCGCGAGUACGGCUUCGCGAAAGUGCAGAUAUCCAAAUCUGGCAAUGGUGGCUCCGCAGACGCGCUCUUUGAGGGUCUCGGUGACGAUCUCGAAGUGUGGAUGUCCCACGGAGAUCAAUUGAACGUCGCGCCGACGGACUUCCAUGUCAUCGGUAGCACGAGCACCGCACCCUUCGCCGCCAUCGCACACAACUCUCGCCCGUUCUAUGGCAUCCAGUUCCAUCCCGAAGUCACGCAUAGCCCGCGUGGAAAGGAGGUCAUCGGGCGUUUCGUGCUCAACAUUGUCGGGUGCAAGCCAUCGUGGACAAUGGAAGAGUUCAUUGGCAAGGAGAUUGCACGGAUCCGCGAUAUCUGUGGUGAGAAGGGACGUGUGAUCGGUGCUGUUAGCGGUGGUGUCGACAGUACCGUCGCCGCAAAACUCAUGCAUGAAGCCAUCGGGGACCGCUUCCAUGCGAUUAUGGUCGACAAUGGCGUUCUCCGUUUGAACGAGGCAUCACAGGUUCACGAGAUGCUCAACAAGGACCUCGGCGUAAACCUGACAGUUGUCGACGCUUCCGACCUUUUCCUUUCCCGUCUCGAAGGUAUCGAAGAUCCCGAACAGAAACGCAAGAUCAUAGGCAACACAUUCAUCAAUGUCUUCGAGGAGGAGGCUGCGAAACUCGAGGCUGCCGCCGAGAAGGAAGAGAAGGAGCAGGGUGCAGCUGCCAAGGGAAAGAUCGAGUGGUUGCUCCAGGGCACGCUUUAUCCGGAUGUCAUCGAGAGCAUCAGCUUCAAGGGCCCGAGCGCAACUAUCAAGACGCAUCAUAACGUCGGUGGAUUGCUUAAGGACAUGAAGCUCAAGCUCAUCGAGCCGUUGCGCGAGCUGUUCAAGGACGAGGUCCGUGCCCUCGGCCGUCUCCUAUCCAUCCCCGCCCCUCUUGUACAACGCCACCCUUUCCCCGGUCCGGGUCUCGCAAUCCGCAUUCUCGGCCCGAUCACCCGCUCGCAAGUCUCCAUCCUGCAAAAAGCUGACGCCAUCUACAUCGAAGAGAUCCGUGCUGCUGGCCUUUACAACCAGAUCGCGCAGGCGUUCGCUGUCCUUCUGCCUGUACGCGCUGUGGGCGUAAUGGGUGACAAGCGGACGUACGAGCAGGUCAUCGCACUCAGGGCCGUGCAGAGCGAAGACUUCAUGACGGCCGACUGGUUCGUCUUCCCUGCGCCAGUUCUCAAGAAGAUCUCGAGCCGGAUUACGAACGAGGUUGCUGGCAUCAACCGUGUAACAUACGAUAUCUCAAGCAAGCCGCCGGCGACUGUCGAGUGGCUGUAG